AUGUCAGCUACUACCAGAGCCACUGCGACAAGUACUACGUCCCUUGCAGCCACGGGUCGCAACACCAAACCUACUCCAUCGCUUUGGGACACUGCAAAUUCGAAACUGGACAUCAAAUCACGGAAAAGCCUCGCGUCCGUCAACGUAGGAAACGGUCGUGUGAUCGAUGCCGUGUCAAAAGAGGCGGUUACCCAACAGAGAGCCCUCUCCGCGAAGAGAUGGAAAGCGACUAUCGGUGGCAAAGAGGUCAUAUUGCGCGAUGUUCUUGCAAAGAUUAUUCGAUGGGUAGACCAUUUUAAAGCUGUGGGUGAUAUCGCCGUACAGUUUAAUUCGGGAGCCGCCAGUUUACCUUGGGCAGCUGUUCGAUUCUUGCUGCAAGUUGCCGUCAACGACAAGCAGUAUCUGGAGGCUACGAUCGAGGGGAUUGAGAUGGUCACUCAAAAAGUUGCUACAUAUGCUGCUAUGGAAGACCUGUACAUGGACUCGGACUUCCAGCUUCAUACUCAGAUCCGCAACAAAGUCCUCGGACUCUACGUCUAUAUUUUGAGCUUUCUUGCAGAGAGCAUACAGUAUUUCAAAACUAACACGCCUAGUAAAUCUCACAUUUGA